CAUGGAGUCUUGCACAACAUUGCGGGACUGAUAAUUCUGUCAUGAUUACCUGCAAAGAAUCACUUAACAGGCAAUUGAUUGUUCAUUUACGACGGUCACAAGACAAAAAGUAUCUGCUGUAGUGUUCACGAUUUUGGACUGUAUGGCUGAAAAAGGAAAGAAAGGAAAGCAUAGAGGUAGCUCCGGCAAGGAGACACCAACUAGUGAAACAACUGAAGACGCCGUCAAAAAACCGUCCAUGAAAACUGCUACUGAUGUCAUCUCUAGACUGCUCUGGGAUGACUCCUUGCCUGCAGAGAAAUUUACGGUUGGUUAUUUAGAUCGAUUCGAAGGAAUAAUGGAAAAACCUUUCGAAUCCCUUGACUGGCAGGACCCCGCCAUUGUAGACAACUAUACCCUGGCGUUGCCAAAACAUCGCAUUGUGUAUUUCAAGUACAGAAAUCGGAAAGUGUGGGACAAAAGCACCAGGAAGGAUUUUGUUUUUGGAUCAACUGGGUCGCCGUUCAGUAUAAACGAAUUUAUGGCCUUAGUUGAUCAAGAAAGAUUGAAUUUUCAAGAUGAGGGCAUUAAACCAUUGACGAAGGACGACUCGGAAUGUGAAGACAAUGUGGGAAGUGAUGAUGAGUAUGAUGUUUCUGAUAGAGCGAAUUUCUUCAUUGCUGCCAGAAUAUCGAAUGAAGAUUCUGUCAAAAAAUUGAGGCAGGUUUCCGAUUAUAUGAUAUCUAGAGAAGAUGUCUUGGAACAGUGUAGUAUCAAACCUGAAAUGUACCAUUUGACUCUUUCCAUUCUCAAGUUGGAUUCUCCCGACGAUAUAAUGAACGCUGUUACAGCUUUGAAAUCUGUUGCUUCUCGGGAUUUACCUACUGUGACGUUGCACCUAGAGGGCUUGGAUAAUUUUCGCCACAGAGUUUUAUACUCCAGGGUAGAAGAUAAUAAAAACUUGAUGAUACUAAGAAACGCAUUAGUCCAGGAACUGACAUCGAACAAAGUUAAUAUUACUGAUAAAUUUACCUUCGUUCCACAUGUGACUGUUGUCAAACUGAAUCGCCCUGUUACUCGUUUACGAAAUAGCAAAUAUUUAGAUCAGUAUCUUUAUUUAAAGUUUGAGGACAAUGACUUCGGUUGUGAAACAAUUGAUAAACUGUAUUUAUGUGAAAUGGGUGACUCUAGGAGAGAAGAUGGUUUUUAUAGGUGUGCUUGUGAAAUGCCUCUCACAAGUAAAUAAAUAUAUUUUCGGAAAACGUCUCAAUUUAAA